CAAAGCCGACAGACAGUAUAUACAGAUAUAUAAAUAUAUAUAUAUAUAUAUAUAUAUAGAUAUAGAAAGAGUGAGAGAGAGAAGUUUUAAUCGAUCACUCUUCCAUCUUCCAUCUUCGAUAUCAUUCAGUCUUCAAAUUGAAUACCAAAAACCCUAGAGAACAAUAUGCAUACCCCAAAGCAACAACUCCAGAUCUUCGUUCAAUCCCCAGAGCUCCAAAUUCCCAUUCGUGCCCUAACCCUAAACCCUGUUGUCACCAUACGCCACCUGAAGCUCUCUCUCCUCCCCCAAAACCUCCCAGCCGAAGCCCUAGAUUCCUUCUUCUUCACCUUUAACGGCCGACCCAUCUCCGAUUCCUCCACAAUUAAAAGUUCCCAACUUGCCCCUUUGUCCACGCUAAAUCUACGAUUUCGCCUCCCCGGUGGCGGUGGCGAUGGCGGAGCCACCGGCGCCGAGUCCCGAGACUGUUACCUCAACAUGUACGCGGUGAAGAAGCCGGAUAAGGUCGACCCGAACGAGCAAAAGCUGUCCAAGUUUACGAAUUGUGCGUUGUCGAACGAACCGUUGAAGCACCCAAUUGUGGUGGAUCUUCUCGGGAAUGUGUUCAACAAGAUGGCGCUUGUGGAGGCGUUGUUGGGGAAGAAAUUGCCCAAAGCGUUCGGACACAUAAAGGGUUUGAAGGAUAUGAUUGCUGUUGAGCUCGCGUUGAUACCUGGGUUGGCUUCAGUUGAUGAUGCGGCGGUUGGCGUGACACGGUUUCAGUGUCCAAUUUCGGGUUUGGAGUUCAAUGGGAAAUACAAGUUUUUCGCUUUGAGGACUUGUGGGCAUGUGUUGAGCUCCAAGGCUUUGAAGGAGGUUAAGUCCUCCGGAUGUCUUGUUUGUCACAAGGAUUUUUCGGAAUCCGAUAAGAUUGUGAUUAAUGGGAGUGAGGAAGAGGUAAAGGCUUUGAGGGAGAGGAUGGAGGAGGAUAAGGCAAAGCUGAGGGAGAAGAAGGUGAAGAAGGUGAAGAAUGGGAAUGCAGAUGAAGGUGUUUGUAUGGAGUCAUCGCGGUUGAGUGGGACGAAGCAUGAGAUUGAUGAUAUUAAGGUAGCAGAAAAGGUUUCUGCAAAAUUGAAGAAUUGGAAUGUGAAUGUUGCUGCUAAUGGUGCUAAUGGUGGUGUAAAGGGUGCAAGCAAUGGUUUGAGUAAUGGUUCGGGAAAACGGUUCAAGGCAGGUGAUGUGGCUCCAGCUAAUGCUACUAAGGAAGUGUAUGCCUCCAUAUUUACCUCGUCAAGAAAGUCUGAUUUUAAAGAAACAUAUUCUUGCAGAUCGCUCCCGCUUGGUAGAAAUUGAUUGAUGACAUUGUAAGGUUAUCUCUUUGUGUUUUGUUCUGAUGUGUUGUUUCUCAUUCAGAAAAAAAAAUAGCAAACGGUCCUCUUUUGUUACUGAUUGCUACAGGAUGAUGAUCCUCUUUAUGUAACAUAUUGAUCUUGAUCAAUGGAUUGCUUAUUUGAUAUGGUAUUAUCGGUUUUCUUCUUUGUAA